AAAGCGAGUGCGCUUGUCACUCGUCAUCGUCCUACAUAUACUUGACAAGAACAUCGGUCCUGUUUAUAUCGUGAUCAGCCGCGUCAUCAUAUCGAAUGUUUACAUCAGUCAUUAAAUCGAAGUGGUUUGAUACAAUUGGCAAUUUUGCAGCUCCCUUGGUGGACGAUUUUAUGACAAUAUUGGGAGACUGUCAGGAGUUCCUGAUCAAAUUUCAUUGACGUGUCGACGUACUUAUCCUCAACACGACGCCAAGUGACUUUAUCACCUUUUUCUUUCUUUUACGAGAAAUCAAAUUUCUGAAUUUAUUGCUCCGGUGACCAAUAUGUCGACUGAACGUGUGGAAAAGCGAUGUGAUGAUAUAAUAAAAUCACAAAAUGAUGAUCGAUUAUAUAGAGGUUUAGUACUUACUAAUAAAAUGAAAGUUAUUUUAAUAAGUGAUCCAACAACUGAUAAAAGUGCUGCUGCAAUGGACAUUAAUGUUGGCUCUAUGUGUGAUCCAGAUGAUCUACCUGGAUUAGCGCAUUUUUGUGAACAUAUGUUGUUCCUAGGAACGAAAAAAUACCCUCAACAGAAUGAUUACAAUAAAUUUCUGUCACAGAAUGGUGGUAUGAGUAAGGCAAUAACACAUUUAGAUCACACCAUCUAUUAUUUCGAUGUAAGUUUCGAGAAAUUAAAAGGCGCUUUAGAUCGUUUUGCUCAAUUUUUCUUGACGCCUCUCUUUACGGAGAAUUUGAUUGAGCUAGAACUAAAUGCCAUAAAUUCAGAACACGAGAAAAAUUUAGCGGAUGAUUCGCAGCGAGUUAAUCAUUUAAUAAAGUCAUCUGCGAACUCACAUCAUCCGUUUUCAAAAUUCUCCACAGGAAAUAGAGAAUCAUUAGACACAAUACCGAAACAAAAGGGUAUUAAUGUUCGAAAUAAACUAUUAGAGUUUUAUGAAAAAUAUUAUUCUGCAAACAUUAUGUCACUGUCUGUUCUUGGCAAAGAGAGUUUAGAUGAACUCGAAAAUAUGGUAGUGGAUCUAUUUUGUGAGGUACGAAAUAAGGAAAUUCAAGUUCCAACAUGGCCUGAACAUCCAUUUAAGGAUGAACAUUUUCGCACUAUGUGGUACAUUGUUCCGAAAACGUAUAUAAGAAGUUUAAACAUUGAGUUUCCUUUACCAGACAUGCAUCGACAGUCUUCGCCUGAACAUUACGUUUCUUAUUUGCUUCAACAUGAAAGAAAAGGUUCAUUAUUAUCAGUUUUGAGAGCUAAGAAAUGGGGUAACUACCUAAAAUCCACACAACGUGCACAAUCCGCCAGAGGUUUCAGUAUUUUCAAUAUUUUUAUCGAUUUAACCAAAAAAGGUAUUAAGCAUAUCGAAGAUAUUAUUCUACUAGUGUUUCAGUAUAUCAAUAUGCUUAAGUUGGAAGAACCAAGCAAAUGGAUUUACGAUGAAUAUAGAGAUAUUGACAAUAUAAAGUUUUAUUUUAAAGAAAAGUCUUCGCCUCGUACUCAUGUUAAAUUUACGGUUCGAGCAUUGCAAGAAUUUCCCAUGAAUGAAAUUUUGUGCGCGUGUGUUAAUCCUGAAUGGCGGCCGGACUUAAUAAAAAAAAUAAUAGGAUAUUUGACCCCACAAAAUGUUAGGAUUUACAUAACUGCAAAAGAAUAUGAAAAUAUAGCUGAUGAAAUUGAAAGUUGGUAUGGCACUAAGUAUAAGAAAGUGAAGGUAUCCAAGAAAAUAAUGGACAUGUGGAACUCCCCUGGUUUUAACGACGACCUGAAAUUGCCUCCCAAGAAUGAAUUUAUAGCAACUAUAUUUGAUAUCAAGCCACAAAUUAACGUUGUAAAGUUUCCCAUUAUUUUGAAGGAUACAUCAUUUGUAAAACUUUGGUAUAAAAAGGACGAUGAAUUUCUUGUGCCUAAAGCAAAAAUGAUCUUCGAUUUUUUUAUCCCAUUUGCCCAUGUGGAUCCCCUUAGUUGCAAUUUCACUUAUAUGUUUAUUAAUCUGUUUCGUGAAUCUCUUAACGAAUAUACAUAUGCUGCUAAUUUAGCUGGUUUACAAUGGGAACUUAACAGUUUUAAAUAUGGAAUAACACUCUCUAUAGAUGGUUAUGAUGACAAACAACAUGUGCUGUUAGAAAAAAUCAUGGAUCGAAUGAUAAAUUUUGAAGUUGAUCCGAAGAGAUUUGAAAUCCUAAAGAAAAAAUAUAUCUGGAAAUUGACAUCUGAAGGUUUAACUUUUAAACUGCUUCAUGAACAUGCUAUCAAUUAUCUUGUAAACCUAUUAGAAGGGCAACAAUGGCUCCGGGAAGAAUUACUGGAAGCUACUACCUAUUUAGAUGUCAGGGGAUUCAAGCGACAUAUAUUACAGCUAUUCAAUAAGAUGCACAUCCAGUGCUUAAUAUAUGGUAAUGUGACUGAAAUGGAAGCUAUAGAUAUACUUGAACUAAUUGAGUUUAAGUUGAUGACUGGAGUGCCCAACAUAAUACCCUUGUUAGAACAGAAAUUAGAAUUGUCCCGUGAAAUUAAACUAGAAAAUGGUUGCCACUUUCUGUUUGAAGUAAAAAAUGAUUUAUAUAAAAGUUCUUGUACAAUAGUAUAUUAUCCAACUGGUUUACAAUCAAUAGAAUCGAAUAUGCUCUUAGAGCUCUUAGCACAAAUUAUUGCGGAACCUUGCUUUAAUACUUUAAAAACUAAGGAACAAUUAGAUUAUAUAGUAUUAAGUGAUAUACAUAGAUCGAAUAAAGCACAAGGCUUGCGAAUCAUUGUACAAAGUGAUAAACACCCGCAAUAUGUCGAAAAACGAAUCAAUUUAUUUUUACACUCCAUGUUGAAUCACAUAUCUACUAUGACAGAAGAGCAAUUUGAAGAAAAUAAGAAAGCUUUAGCUGUACGUUUGGGAAAACCAAACAGGUUGUCUGCAAGGUGUAUUUUAUACUGGAAUGAGAUUAUAAACCAACAAUGUAACUUCGAUCGAGUCAAUAUUGAAGCGGCUUACUUAAAGACGAUAUCACAGCAGCAAUUACUUAAUUUCUUUAAAGAAAAUGUACAUAGUAAGGAUCGAUGUAAAUUGUCGGUACAUCUGAUAUCCACGGUGUCAUCGAAAAAGAGCUCACCUGAGAACACAAUUGAAAAAACUGUCGAUUUAUCAACUGAUGAAGAAGUUAAGAAAAUUGACAAUAUUUUAUCAUUUAGAAAUAGUCAAUUUUUGUGUCCUCUAAUUAAUCCGUUUGAAGACUAUUUUCUCAGGAAACGUUCUAAGUUAUAAAAAACGUGAC